AUGGCUCCCGAAUUCCCGACCUACCUCCUGCCCUCCACCUUCUCCCUCCCAUAUCGACGGCGACAGUCUUCUACUACGAGCACAACCUCUAUAAUAUCUGCGCCAUCUCUCAGCUCUUCACCGACCUCUACACCAUCCUCAUCUCCUCCAACGCGGUCCUACAUCCCUUCAUUCCUCACAGCUCACUCCUCUCUUACCGAAGCCCUCGAGAAAUCAAAGCCCAAACCACAAGGCUCUGAGCCCAGACUGCAGCGUACAGCCCCGAAUACCUUGAAAUGCAUCACCUGCGCGUCGGAUAUCGCGUUUGCUUCCCAGAUCGUGUCUAAAGGCUUUACUGGGCGACACGGUCGAGCAUAUCUCGUCGCCCCACCAGAACCCGCAAACAAACCCAGAGUCAACGAGUUAAUCAACACAAGGAUCGGACGCUCUGUCAACCGCGAGCUUCUUACCGGCGCACAUGUUGUGGCAGAUGUCACCUGUAAAAUAUGCGGAACAGUACUAGGUUGGAAGUACGUGGAUGCGAAGGAGCUGACGCAGAGAUACAAGAUUGGGAAAUUCAUACUGGAGAUGAAGAGGGUGGUGUUGGGCGUGAAUUGGGGUGAUGAAGAACCGAUCGUGGAUAUCGAUGGUAAGAAUAAGGAGGCGGAGGUCAUUGUUUUCGAUAGCGACGAUGAGGAUGAAUGUGAAGAUCUUUUCGCUGGGACGUGGGAUAGAGAUGUUGUUGCGAAGCGCAGAAGUCGGAGGACUGGAUGGAGGAAGAAGGAAUCGGUAUGA